CCCGGCGGUGGCAGCGGUGGUGGCGGCGGCAGCGGCGGCACCGCCUCCUCCUCACACUCCCCGGGUGGCGGGGUUAGAUGAGCGACCCCAGUAGCGGCGAGGGCGGCGCGGGGGGGAGGAGGAGGAGAAGGAGAAGGAGGAGAAGGUCGCUGUCUUUGUAGUCUCCCCGCUGCGGGAGCCAGAGGCCGCCGCCGGAGCCGACGUCGUUGGAAAAGGGCUGUGUGUGUGUGUGUGUGUGCGCGCGUGUCUGCCCGCCCGGCCCGCGGGGACGAGGCGGCGGCGGCGGCGAAGAUGAUGAUGUGCGCAGCGACUGCUUCCCCCGCCGCCGCCUCCUCGGGGCCCGGAGGGGACGGAUUCUUCGCAGCCGCCACCUUCUCUUCCUCCCCGGCGGCGGGGGCGCUGUUCAUGCCGGUUCCCGAUGGCUCCGUGGCAGCCGCGGGGCUGGGGCUGGGGCUGCCCGCCGCGGACACCCGGGGUCAGUACCAGCUGCUGCUGUCAGGUCGCGCCCUGGCCGACCGCUACCGGAGGAUUUACACCGCCGCGCUCAGUGACAGGGACCAGGGGGGCAGCAGCUCCGGACACCCGGCCUCCAGGAAUAAGAAAAUUCUAAAUAAGAAGAAGUUGAAAAGAAAACAGAAGAGCAAAUCAAAAGUGAAGACAAGAGGCAAGUCUGAAAACUUGGAGAAUACAGUAAUCAUACCAGAUAUCAAACUACAUAGUAAUCCUUCUGCUUUCAAUAUUUACUGCAAUGUACGCCAUUGCGUUCUGGAAUGGCAGAAGAAAGAAACCUCCUUGGCACUUGCAUCUAAGAACUCUGUGCAGAGUGGAGAAUCAGAUAGUGAUGAAGAGGAGGAAUCCAAAGAGCCUCCUAUCAAGCUUCCAAAGAUUAUUGAGGUUGGACUUUGUGAAGUCUUUGAAUUGAUCAAGGAGACACGAUUUUCUCAUCCAUCCCUGUGUCUCAGGAGUCUCCAAGCCCUGCUCAACGUGCUUCAGGGACAGCAGCCGGAAGGCCUCCAGUCUGAGCCUCCUGAGGUCCUCGAGUCUCUCUUCCAGCUCCUUUUGGAAAUCACUGUUCGAAGUACUGGAAUGAAUGACAGCACAGGCCAGUCCCUGACAGCACUUUCCUGUGCUUGCCUCUUUAGUCUGGUAGCUUCCUGGGGAGAAACAGGAAGGACACUUCAAGCCAUCUCUGCUAUCCUCACCAACAAUGGUAGCCAUGCUUGCCAAGCUAUUCAGGUGCCAACAAUACUAAAUUCACUACAGAGAAGUGUACAAGCAGUUUUGGUGGGAAAAAUUCAAAUUCAGGAUUGGUUUAGCAAUGGCAUUAAAAAAGCAGCAUUAAUGCACAAGUGGCCAUUAAAAGAAAUAACUGUUGAUGAAGAUGACCAGUGUCUACUUCAGAAUGAUGGAUUUUUUCUUUAUCUUUUAUGCAAGGAUGGAUUAUACAAAAUAGGCUCUGGAUACAGUGGAACAGUUAGGGGCCAUAUAUACAAUUCUACAUCUCGCAUCAGAAACAGAAAAGAAAAAAAGUCUUGGUUAGGGUAUGCUCAGGGUUAUUUAUUGUAUAGAGAUAUGAAUAACCACAGCAUGACAGCCAUAAGAAUAAGCCCUGAAACACUGGAGCAGGAUGGUACUGUAAUGUUACCAGAUUGCCACACUGAGGGUCAAAAUAUUUUAUUCACUGAUGGAGAAUAUAUUAAUCAGAUUGCUGCCUCAAGAGAUGAUGGCUUUGUUGUCAGAAUAUUUGCCACAAGCACUGAACCUGUGCUGCAACAAGAAUUACAACUUAAACUGGCCAGAAAGUGUUUACAUGCCUGUGGUAUCUCACUAUUUGAUCUGGAAAAGGACUUGCAUAUUAUAAGUACAGGAUUUGAUGAGGAAUCAGCAAUUCUUGGUGCAGGACGAGAGUUUGCACUAAUGAAAACAGCAAAUGGAAAGAUAUAUUACACUGGCAAAUACCAGAGUCUUGGAAUCAAGCAAGGUGGUCCUUCAGCAGGAAAAUGGGUUGAACUACCAAUUACGAAAUCUCCAAAGAUAGUGCACUUCUCAGUGGGACAUGAUGGCUCCCAUGCCCUUUUAGUUGCAGAAGAUGGAAGCAUAUUCUUUACAGGAUCUGCUAGUAAAGGAGAAGAUGGAGAGUCAACUAAGAGCAGACGGCAGUCAAAACCCUAUAAACCUAAAAAGAUAAUUAAGAUGGAAGGAAAGAUUGUAGUCUAUACAGCAUGCAAUAAUGGAAGUAGUUCUGUUAUUUCUAAAGAUGGAGAGCUGUACAUGUUUGGAAAAGAUGCCAUUUACUCUGACAGUUCAAGUUUGGUAACUGAUUUGAAGGGCCAUUUUGUAACUCAGGUAGCUAUGGGUAAGGCUCACACUUGUGUUUUAAUGAAGAAUGGAGAAGUUUGGACAUUUGGUGUAAAUAAUAAAGGACAGUGUGGAAGAGACACAGGUGCCAUGAACCAAGGAGGGAAAGGAUUUGGAAUCGAAAAUAUGGCAACAGCAAUGGAUGAAGACCUGGAGGAAGAAUUAGAUGAAAAAGAUGAGAAGUCCAUGAUGUGCCCUCCAGGCAUGCAUAAAUGGAAGCUGGAGCAGUGCAUGGUGUGCACUGUAUGUGGAGACUGUACCGGUUAUGGAGCCAGCUGUGUCAGUAGUGGGCGUCCAGACAGAGUUCCUGGAGGGAUUUGUGGUUGUGGUUCUGGAGAAUCAGGAUGUGCUGUGUGUGGAUGUUGCAAGGCUUGUGCAAGAGAGUUGGAUGGUCAAGAAGCACGACAAAGAGGAAUUCUCGAUGCAGUGAAAGAAAUGAUACCUUUAGAUCUUCUUUUAGCUGUUCCAGUACCCGGGGUUAACAUUGAAGAACAUCUUCAGUUACGACAAGAAGAAAAACGGCAGCGUGUACUCAGAAGACACAGGCUAGAGGAGGGAAGAGGCCCCCUUGUAUUUGCUGGUCCUAUUUUUAUGAACCAUCGAGAACAGGCUCUAGCCAGACUCAGAUCCCAUCCAGCACAGCUAAAGCAUAAACGGGACAAGCACAAAGAUGGAAGUGGAGAAAGAGGAGAAAAGGAUGCAAGCAAAAUCACAACAUACCCUCCAGGCUCUGUGAGAUUUGACUGUGAGCUCCGAGCAAUACAAGUCAGCUGUGGAUUUCACCAUUCAGUGGUCUUAAUGGAAAAUGGAGAUGUCUAUACAUUUGGAUAUGGGCAACAUGGGCAACUAGGACAUGGAGAUGUCAAUUCCAGGGGAUGUCCCACUCUUGUUCAAGCAUUGCCAGGCCCUAGCACACAAGUUACUGCUGGCAGCAACCACACGGCAGUACUUUUAAUGGAUGGACAGGUCUUCACAUUUGGAAGUUUUUCUAAAGGACAACUGGGCAGACCAAUUUUGGAUGUGCCAUACUGGAAUGCAAAACCAGCUGCCAUGCCUAACAUUGGAUCAAAAUAUGGAAGAAAGGCUACUUGGAUAGGUGCAAGUGGGGACCAGACUUUCUUACGAAUUGAUGAAGCCCUUAUUAAUUCUCAUGUACUUGCUACAUCAGAGAUUUUUGCCAGUAAACACAUAAUAGGCUUGGUUCCUGCUUCUAUAUCAGAACCCCCUCCAUUCAAAUGCCUUUUAAUCAAUAAAGUGGAUGGGAGUUGUAAAACUUUUAAUGAUUCUGAACAAGAGGAUCUACAAGGAUUUGGUGUGUGUCUUGAUCCUGUAUAUGAUGUAAUAUGGAGGUUUCGACCAAAUACUAAAGAACUGUGGUGUUACAAUGCGGUGGUUGCUGAUGCCAGGCUGCCUUCUGCAACAGACAUGCAGUCCAGAUGUAGUAUUCUAAGUCCUGAACUUGCCCUACCAACAGGAUCAAGGGCUCUUACUACCCGAUCUCAUGCAGCUUUGCAUAUUCUAGGUUGUCUUGACACCUUGGCAGCUAUGCAGGACUUAAAAAUGGGUGUUGCAAGUACAGAGGAGGAGACUCAAGCAGUAAUGAAGGUUUAUUCCAAAGAAGAUUAUAGCAUAGUCAACAGGUUUGAAAGUCAUGGAGGGGGCUGGGGUUACUCUGCCCAUUCAGUAGAAGCUAUACGUUUUAGUGCCGACACUGAUAUAUUACUUGGUGGUCUUGGUCUCUUUGGAGGUAGAGGAGAAUAUACUGCUAAAAUUAAGCUGUUUGAGUUGGGUCCUGACGGAGGAGAUCAUGAAACUGAUGGAGACCUCCUUGCAGAGACAGAUGUGUUGGCUUAUGACUGCGCUGCUAGAGAAAAAUAUGCAAUGAUGUUUGAUGAACCAGUCCUCCUGCAAGCAGGGUGGUGGUAUGUGGCCUGGGCUCGAGUAUCAGGACCCAGCAGUGACUGUGGAUCUCAUGGGCAAGCUUCUAUUACCACAGAUGAUGGGGUUGUUUUCCAGUUUAAGAGUUCAAAGAAGUCAAAUAAUGGUACAGAUGUUAAUGCCGGUCAGAUACCUCAAUUAUUAUACAGACUUCCAACAAGUGAUGGCAGUGCUUCAAAAGGCAAGCAGCAAACCAGUGAACCUGUACACAUUUUAAAGAGAUCUUUUGCAAGAACUGUCUCAGUGGAAUGUUUUGAAUCACUCUUAAGUAUUCUUCACUGGAGCUGGACCACCCUAGUCUUAGGAGUUGAAGAACUUAGAGGAUUAAAAGGAUUCCAGUUCACAGCCACACUUCUAGAUUUAGAGAGACUGCGCUUUGUGGGUACCUGUUGUCUGAGGUUAUUGCGUGUCUAUACCUGUGAAAUUUACCCAGUGUCAGCUACAGGAAAAGCAGUUGUAGAAGAAACUAGCAAAUUAGCUGAAUGUAUUGGAAAAACCAGAACUUUGUUAAGAAAAAUUUUAUCGGAAGGAGUUGACCACUGCAUGGUGAAGUUGGAUAAUGACCCUCAGGGGUAUCUCAGUCAGCCCCUGAGCCUCCUGGAGGCCGUACUUCAGGAGUGUCACAACACUUUCACUGCCUGCUUUCAUUCUUUCUACCCAACUCCUGCCUUACAGUGGGCUUGCCUUUGUGAUCUGCUGAACUGUUUGGAUCAGGAUAUCCAAGAAGCAAACUUCAAGACAUCAAGUAGCCGCCUCCUUGCAGCUGUUAUGUCAGCUCUGUGUCACACUUCUGUGAAGCUGACUUCUAUUUUCCCUAUUGCAUAUGAUGGAGAAGUACUACUAAGGUCAAUUGUUAAACAAGUAAGCACAGAGAACGACUCAACCCUAGUUCAUCGUUUUCCCCUUUUGGUGGCACAUAUGGAAAAACUCAGCCAGAGUGAAGAGAACAUCUCAGGAAUGACAAGCUUCCGAGAAGUCCUGGAGAAAAUGCUGGUUAUUGUCGUACUACCCGUCAGGAACAGUCUGAGGAGAGAAAAUGAGCUCUUCUCCUCCCACCUGGUCUCCAACACCUGUGGACUGCUGGCCAGCAUUGUCAGCGAGCUGACUGCGUCCGCCCUGGGAUCCGAGGUUGAUGGACUUAAUUCUCUUCAUUCUGUAAAAGCCAGUGCUAACCGUUUCACAAAAACAAGUCAGGGCAGAAGUUGGAACACUGGGAAUGGAUCCCCUGAUGCAAUUUGUUUUUCAGUAGACAAACCUGGAAUAGUUGUGGUUGGUUUCUCUGUCUAUGGAGGAGGAGGAAUUCAUGAAUAUGAAUUAGAGGUAUUGGUUGAUGAUAGUGAACAUGCAGGAGAUUCAACUCAUUCCCACAGAUGGACUUCACUAGAGUUAGUCAAAGGAACUUAUACAACAGAUGAUUCACCCAGUGAUAUAGCUGAAAUCAGACUUGACAAAGUUGUUCCUCUAAAGGAAAAUGUUAAAUAUGCUGUGCGCUUGAGGAACUAUGGCAGCCGUACAGCCAACGGAGAUGGAGGAAUGACCACAGUUCAGUGCCCGGAUGGUGUGACAUUUACAUUCAGCACAUGCAGCCUGAGUAGUAAUGGCACAAACCAAACCAGAGGACAGAUUCCACAGAUACUCUACUAUAGGAGUGAAUUUGAUGGAGAUUUGCAAUCCCAGCUUCUGAGUAAAGCCAAUGAGGAAGAUAAAAACUGUAGCCGAGCUCUCUCUGUGGUAAGCACUGUUGUUCGAGCUGCCAAGGAUCUCUUGCACAGAGCUCUUGCUGUUGAUGCUGAUGACAUUCCAGAACUGCUUAGCUCUUCCAGUCUGUUUUCCAUGCUGCUUCCCCUUAUUAUAGCCUACAUAGGACCAGUAGCUGCUGCUAUUCCCAAGGUGGCUGUAGAAGUCUUUGGCCUUGUCCAACAGUUGCUUCCCUCCGUCGCCAUUUUGAAUCAGAAGUAUGCACCCCCUGCAUUCAAUCCUAAUCAGUCCACGGAUAGCACCACUGGAAACCAACCUGAACAAGGCCUCUCUGCUGGUACAACCUCUAAUCAUUAUGCCGUCAUAGAGAGUGAGCACCCGUAUAAACCUGCCUGUGUGAUGCACUACAAGGUGACAUUCCCAGAAUGUGUCAGGUGGAUGACAAUCGAAUUUGACCCUCAGUGUGGUACUGCGCAGUCAGAAGAUGUUCUCCGUUUGUUGAUUCCUGUCAGAACUGUCCAGAAUUCAGGAUAUGGACCAAAAUUGACAUCUGUUCAUGAAAAUCUUAAUUCAUGGAUAGAGUUAAAGAAAUUUUCAGGAUCCUCUGGGUGGCCUACUAUGGUUUUAGUGUUGCCAGGAAACGAGGCCCUUUUCUCAUUAGAGACUGCAUCUGAUUAUGUGAAAGAUGACAAAGCGUCUUUUUAUGGUUUUAAGUGUUUUGCAAUUGGAUAUGAAUUUAGCCCUGGACCUGAUGAGGGAGUCAUUCAGCUCGAAAAAGAAUUAGCCAAUCUGGGUGGGGUUUGCGCAGCAGCUUUAAUGAAAAAGGAUCUAGCACUUCCAAUUGGCAAUGAAUUAGAAGAAGAUCUUGAAAUUCUUGAGGAGGCUGCAUUACAGGUGUGCAAAACCCAUUCUGGUAUUCUUGGAAAGGGAUUAGCACUUUCGCAUUCACCUACCAUAUUAGAGGCACUUGAAGGAAACUUACCACUUCAAAUCCAAAGCAAUGAACAGUCCUUUCUGGAUGAUUUUAUUGCUUGUGUUCCAGGAUCAAGUGGUGGAAGGCUUGCAAGGUGGCUUCAGCCAGAUUCCUAUGCAGAUCCUCAGAAAACAUCUUUGAUCCUCAAUAAGGAUGAUAUUCGCUGUGGUUGGCCUACCACCAUAACUGUUCAAACAAAAGACCAGUAUGGGGAUGUUGUCCAUGUUCCCAAUAUGAAGGUGGAGGUCAAAGCCGUCCCUGUUUCUCAGAAAAAAACAUCUUUGCAACAAGAGCAAGUAAAGAAAGCUCAGAGGAUUCCUGGUAGUCCUGCAGUAACAACUCCAUCUUCUAACACUGACAUGACUUUUGGCGGGCUUGCAUCACCAAAACUGGAUGUUUCGUACGAACCAAUGAUAGUGAAGGAAGCUCGGUAUAUUGCCAUAACAAUGAUGAAGGUUUAUGAAAGUUACUCCUUUGAGGAACUGCGUUUUGCAUCGCCAACUCCUAAGAGACCCAGUGAGAAUAUGCUGAUCCGUGUCAAUAAUGAUGGCACUUACUGUGCAAACUGGACUCCAGGGGCUAUUGGACUCUACACUAUUCAUGUUACCAUCGAUGGCAUUGAAAUAGAUGCUGGCCUAGAAGUAAAAGUAAAAGACCCACCCAAAGGAAUGAUUCCACCAGGAACUCAGCUGGUCAAACCAAAGACUGAACCUCAACCAAAUAAGGUUCGAAAAUUUGUGGCUAAGGACAGUGCCGGGCUCCGAAUCCGGAGCCACCCAUCCCUUCAGAGUGAGCAGAUAGGCAUAGUGAAAGUCAAUGGAACCAUCACUUUUAUUGAUGAGAUCCACAAUGAUGAUGGUGUAUGGCUGAGACUGAAUGAUGAGACCAUAAAGAAGUAUGUUCCUAACAUGAAUGGUUACACUGAAGCCUGGUGCCUCUCUUUUAACCAGCAUCUUGGCAAGAGCCUUCUGGUCCCUGUUGACGAACCUAAAACUAAUACUGAUGACUUUUUCAAAGACAUAAACACCUGCUGCCCACAGGAAGCAACAAUGCAAGAACAAGACAUGCCAUUCUUGCGAGGAGGGCCAGGCAUGUACAAGGUAGUGAAGACCGGACCUUCAGGUCACAACAUCAGAAGCUGCCCUAACCUUAGAGGUAUCCCAAUUGGAAUGUUAGUUCUGGGAAACAAAGUCAAAGCAGUGGGAGAGGUGACCAAUGCUGAAGGUACGUGGGUGCAGCUGGAUCAGAGCAGCAUGGUAGAGUUCUGUGAGAGCGAUGAAGGAGAGGCAUGGUCCCUAGCUAGAGACAGAGGCGGGAACCAGUACCUCCGUCAUGAAGAUGAACAAGCUCUUCUGGAUCAAAAUUCUCAAACUCCUCCUCCAAGCCCCUUCUCAGUACAAGCUUUUAAUAAAGGCGCAAGUUGCAGUGCCCAAGGAUUUGAUUAUGGACUUGGAAAUAAUAAAGUUUUGACUGUUUUGCCCGCUGCAGGUGACCAACUGAGUGCCAUAUUGAAUUCCAUUCAGUCACGGCCCAAUCUCCCAGCUCCUUCCAUCUUUGAUCAAGCUGCAAAACCUCCCUCUUCCCUAGUCCACAGCCCAUUUGUGUUCGGACAACCCCUUUCCUUCCAGCAGCCUCAGCUUCAGAGUGACCGAGGAAACAUCUCAACAGCUUCUAGACCAGUGUCUACAUCAGGAAAAUCAGACCUGUCCUCUAAACACAGCAGGUCCCUUAAGCCUGAUGGGCGGAUGAGCCGGACAGCUGCAGAUCAGAAGAAGCCAAGGGGCACAGAAGGGUUAUCUGCUGGGGAAUCCCUCAUGUUAAAGUCUGAUGCUGCCAAGUUGAGGUCAGAUUCCCAUAGUAGGUCACUGUCUCCCAAUCAUAACACCUUGCAGACGCUGAAAUCUGACGGGAGGAUGUCUUCUAGCUUCAGAGCUGAAUCCCCAGGACCAGGGUCUCGGUCGUCAUCUCCUAAGCCAAAGACACUCCCAGCCAAUAGGUCUAGCCCAUCUGGCGCUAGUUCCCCACGCUCCUCCUCACCACAUGAUAAAAAUCUACCUCAGAAAAGCACUGCUCCUGUGAAGACAAAACUGGAUCCUCCUCGGGAACGUUCCAAAUCUGACUCUUACACACUGGACCCAGAUACCCUCCGCAAGAAAAAAAUGCCCAUCACAGAACCUCUAAGGGGACGGUCAACAUCACCAAAACCAAAACCAGUACCAAAAGACCCUAAAGAAUCCCCCGGAUCUGAAAACAGAGCUCCCUCUCCCCACGUGGUGCAGGAAAACCUGCACAGUGAGGUGGUUGAAGUCUGCACUUCCAGUACUUUAAAAACAAAUAGUAUAACAGACAGCACCUGUGAUGAAAGCAGCGAGUUUAAGAGUGUGGAUGAAGGUUCCAACAAAGUGCAUUUCAGCAUCGGGAAAGCACCGCUGAAAGAUGAACAAGAAAUGAGAGCAUCGCCGAAAAUAAGUCGUAAAUGUGCCAGUAGGCACACCAGGCCCAAAAAAGAAAAAUCUAGUUUUCUUUUCAAAGGAGAUGGAUCCAAAUCGUUGGAGCCAGCCAAGCAAGCCAUGUCUCCUUCCGUGGCUGAGUGUGCCAGAGCUGUCUUUGCUUCUUUCCUGUGGCACGAAGGCAUAGUACAUGAUGCAAUGGCUUGUUCUUCUUUCCUAAAAUUUAAUCCUGAACUCUCCAAAGAGCAUGCACCCAUACGAAGUAGUUUAAAUAGCCAACAGCCUACAGAGGAAAAGGAAACCAAGUUAAAAAACCGACACUCACUGGAAAUAUCAUCCGCAUUGAACAUGUUUAAUAUUGCACCUCAUGGACCAGAUAUAUCUAAGAUGGGAAGCAUCAACAAAAAUAAGGUGUUGUCUAUGCUGAAGGAGCCACCUCUACAUGAAAAAUGUGAGGAUGGGAAAACAGAGACUGCUUUUGAAAUGUCCAUGCAUCACACAAUGAAGUCUAAAUCGCCUCUUCCCUUGACUUUACAACAUUUAGUGGCUUUUUGGGAAGAUAUCUCUUUGGCCACUAUCAAAGCUGCUUCCCAGAAUAUGAUUUUCCCAAGUCCUGGAUCCUGUGCAGUCCUUAAAAAGAAAGAGUGUGAGAAAGAGAAUAAGAAGGCCAAAAAGGAAAAAAAGAAAAAAGAAAAGACAGAAGUUAGGCCCAGGGGCAAUUUGUUUGGUGAGAUGGCCCAGCUGGCAGUAGGAGGACCAGAGAAAGAUACCAUCUGUGAGCUGUGUGGAGAAUCACAUCCAUACCCAGUGACCUAUCACAUGAGACAAGCCCACCCAGGUUGUGGCCGGUAUGCUGGUGGACAGGGUUACAAUAGCAUUGGGCAUUUUUGUGGAGGAUGGGCUGGUAAUUGUGGUGAUGGUGGCAUUGGAGGAAGCACCUGGUAUCUGGUUUGUGAUCGCUGCAGAGAAAAAUACCUUCGUGAAAAGCAGGCUGCUGCAAGGGAGAAGGUCAAACAGUCUAGGAGAAAGCCAAUGCAAGUCAAGACCCCUCGUGCCUUGCCCACCAUGGAAGCUCACCAGGUGAUUAAAGCCAACGCACUCUUCCUGUUGUCGCUGAGCAGCGCAGCCGAGCCAAGCAUCCUGUGCUACCACCCUGCAAAGCCGUUCCAGUCACAGCUGCCCAGCGUGAAAGAAGGCAUUUCUGAGGAUCUUCCUGUGAAAAUGCCUUGUCUCUACCUGCAGACAUUAGCUAGGCAUCAUCAUGAAAAUUUUGUGGGUUAUCAAGAUGACAACCUAUUCCAAGAUGAAAUGAGAUAUCUUCGUUCAACAUCUGUACCUGCCCCGUACAUAUCAGUAACUCCUGAUGCAAGCCCUAAUGUGUUUGAAGAGCCAGAAAGCAAUAUGAAGUCUAUGCCACCAAGUCUGGAAACUAGUCCCAUAACUGACACUGAUCUUGCAAAGAGAACUGUGUUCCAAAGGUCAUACUCAGUUGUUGCUUCUGAGUAUGAUAAACAGCACUCCAUCUUACCUGCACGAGUUAAAGCCAUUCCUAGAAGGCGAGUUAACAGUGGAGACACUGAAGUUGGUUCUUCCCUCUUGAGACAUCCAUCUCCUGAGCUUUCCCGGCUAAUCUCAGCCCACAGCUCUCUUUCUAAAGGAGAACGAAAUUUCCAGUGGCCAGUUUUAGCUUUUGUUAUACAACAUCACGAUCUAGAAGGUCUUGAAAUAGCAAUGAAACAAGCCUUAAGGAAAUCUGCUUGUCGAGUUUUUGCUAUGGAGGCUUUCAACUGGCUUCUGUGUAAUGUCAUCCAAACAACUUCUCUCCAUGAUAUUCUGUGGCAUUUUGUGGCAUCACUCACUCCUGCUCCAGUGGAACCAGAAGAAGAAGAAGAGGAAGAAAAUAAAACAAACAAAGAAAAUGCAGAGCAAGAGAGAGAUACAAGAGUCUGUGAACAUCCACUCUCAGAUAUAGUGAUUGCAGGUGAAGCUGCUCAUCCUCUACCACAUACCUUCCACCGUCUGCUCCAGACCAUUUCCGAUCUUAUGAUGUCUCUCCCCAGUGGCAGCUCAUUGCAGCAAAUGGCCCUAAGAUGCUGGAGUCUCAAGUUCAAGCAAUCUGAUCAUCAGUUCCUCCACCAGAGCAACGUCUUUCAUCACAUUAACAACAUUUUGUCAAAAUCAGAUGAUGGAGAUAGUGAAGAGAGUUUCAGCAUCAGUAUACAGUCUGGCUUGGAAGCUAUGAGUCAGGAAUUAUGCAUAGUAAUGUGUUUAAAGGACUUAACCAGCAUUGUUGACAUAAAAACUUCAAGCCGACCUGCCAUGAUUGGCAGUUUGACAGAUGGUUCCACAGAAACCUUUUGGGAAUCAGGAGAUGAAGAUAAAAACAAAACUAAGAACAUCACCAUCAACUGUAUAAAGGGCAUCAAUGCCCGUUAUGUGUCUGUUCAUGUGGACAACUCCCGAGACCUAGGGAAUAAAGUUACCUCAAUGACCUUCUUAACUGGCAAAGCAGUUGAAGAUUUGUGCAGAAUAAAGCAGGUUGAUCUGGAUUCCAGGCAUAUUGGUUGGGUAACAAGUGAACUUCCAGGAGGGGAUAAUCACAUCAUCAAAAUUGAAUUAAAGGGCCCAGAAAAUACACUAAGAGUUCGACAAGUAAAAGUCCUGGGCUGGAAAGAUGGUGAGAGCACAAAAAUCGCUGGCCAGAUUUCAGCCAGCAUGGCCCAGCAGAGGAACUGCGAAGCUGAGACUCUCCGAGUAUUCAGACUUAUUACAUCUCAAGUAUUUGGAAAACUCAUCUCUGGAGAUGCUGAACCAACACCAGAACAAGAGGAAAAAGCACUCUUAUCAUCACCUGAAGGAGAGGAAAAAGUAUACAAUGCAACAUCAGAUGCCGACCUGAAAGAACAUAUGGUUGGAAUCAUAUUCAGCAGGAGUAAACUGACUAACUUACAAAAACAGGUGUGUGCUCACAUCGUCCAGGCUAUCCGCAUGGAAGCCACCAGAGUGCGUGAGGAAUGGGAGCAUGCCAUCUCAAGCAAAGAAAAUGCCAAUUCUCAGCCAAAUGAUGAGGAUGCCUCUUCUGAUGCUUACUGCUUUGAGCUGCUCUCCAUGGUGUUAGCGUUGAGUGGCUCUAAUGUCGGCAGGCAGUAUCUGGCUCAGCAGCUGACUCUGCUGCAGGAUCUCUUUUCACUGCUUCACACCGCCUCUCCUAGAGUCCAGAGACAGGUGACCUCCUUACUAAGACGAGUUUUGCCUGAAGUGACCCCCAGUCGACUGGCCAGCAUCAUAGGAGUGAAAUCCCUCCCCCCAGCGGACAUCAGUGAUAUCAUCCACUCAACAGAGAAAGGAGACUGGAAUAAGCUGGGGAUCUUGGACAUGUUUCUAGGAUGCAUUGCCAAAGCUCUCACUGUACAGCUAAAAGCCAAAGGAACCACCAUCACAGGGACAACUGGUACCACUGUGGGCAAAGGAGUUACAACAGUUACCCUUCCAAUGAUCUUUAAUUCCAGUUAUCUUCGACGAGGUGAGAGUCAUUGGUGGAUGAAAGGCUCAACACCUACCCAGAUCUCAGAGAUCAUCAUCAAACUUAUUAAGGACAUGGCAUCAGGUCAUCUAUCAGAAGCUUGGUCCCGAGUGACAAAAAAUGCUAUUGCAGAAACUAUCAUUGCUUUGACCAAGAUGGAAGAAGAAUUCAGGUCUCCUGUGAGAUGUAUUGCUACAACUAGACUCUGGCUUGCUCUAGCAUCACUGUGUGUUCUUGAUCAGGACCAUGUAGACCGCCUCUCUUCAGGAAGAUGGAUGGGAAAGGAUGGACAGCAAAAACAAAUGCCUAUGUGUGAUAACCAUGAUGAUGGUGAAACUGCAGCUAUUAUUUUAUGCAAUGUUUGUGGAAAUUUAUGUACUGACUGUGACAGAUUUCUUCAUCUUCAUCGACGAACCAAAACUCAUCAAAGACAGGUCUUUAAAGAAGAAGAAGAAGCUAUAAAGGUUGACCUUCAUGAAGGUUGUGGUAGAACCAAGUUGUUCUGGUUGAUGGCACUGGCGGAUUCUAAAACAAUGAAGGCUAUGGUGGAAUUCCGAGAACAUACAGGCAAACCCACCACAAGUAGCUCCGAAGCAUGCCGCUUCUGUGGGUCCAGGAAUGGUACGGAGCUGUCUGCAGUCGGCAGUGUCUGUUCUGAUGCAGAUUGCCAGGAAUAUGCCAAGAUAGCCUGCAGUAAGACCCAUCCUUGUGGCCAUCCAUGUGGAGGUGUUAAAAAUGAAGAGCACUGUUUGCCCUGUCUACAUGGCUGUGAUAAGAAUGCCACGAGCCUGAAGCAAGAUGCUGAUGACAUGUGCAUGAUCUGCUUCACCGAAGCGCUUUCAGCAGCACCUGCCAUUCAGCUGGACUGUAGUCACAUAUUCCACUUGCAAUGCUGUCGACGAGUUUUGGAAAACAGAUGGCUUGGUCCAAGGAUAACAUUUGGAUUUAUAUCUUGUCCAAUUUGCAAGAACAAAAUUAAUCAUAUAGUUUUAAAAGACCUGCUUGAUCCAAUCAAAGAACUCUAUGAGGAUGUCAGAAGAAAAGCCUUAAUGAGGUUGGAAUAUGAAGGUCUGCAUAAGAGUGAAGCCAUCACAACACCUGGUGUGAGGUUCUAUAAUGAUCCAGCUGGCUAUGCCAUGAAUAGAUAUGCAUAUUAUGUAUGCUACAAAUGCAGAAAGGCCUAUUUUGGUGGUGAAGCUCGCUGUGAUGCUGAAGCUGGACAAGGGGAUGACUAUGACCCCAGAGAGCUCAUUUGUGGUGCCUGCUCUGAUGUGUCAAGGGCUCAGAUGUGUCCCAAACAUGGCACAGACUUUUUGGAAUAUAAAUGUCGCUACUGCUGCUCAGUUGCUGUCUUUUUCUGUUUUGGAACAACACAUUUUUGUAAUGCUUGUCAUGAUGAUUUUCAAAGAAUGACUAGCAUUCCUAAGGAAGAACUACCACACUGUCCUGCAGGUCCCAAAGGCAAGCAGUUAGAAGGAACUGAAUGUCCACUCCAUGUUGUUCAUCCACCCACCGGGGAGGAGUUUGCUCUGGGCUGUGGAGUGUGCAGAAAUGCCCACACUUUUUAGAACACUCAGAUCCUUUGUCUACAGAGAGAACAGUUGCCUUCAUCCCCCAGGAGGAUGCGAUGAAGUUUAAACUCUGCUCAGGAUAAGGAUGGGACCAUUUUUACAUCCAUGAAAAUGAACCAUUCACAGUGCAAGAAGGAUGCCAAAUACCAUGUACAUAAUUCUUGCUAUGGAAAGUUUCCCUAUUAUUUUGGUUUAUCUUCUUUUGAAACAAGACAUCAAACUUGUGAGGUGUUUGCAUGUGGCCAUUACCGUCAUUGGCCUGUGAAGCAUUGGACAUUUAUAGAUAAUUGAUAUAAUAAAAGAAUCGCCACGCCCAUGGACUAAGAAUGAUGCUGGCUUUUAAGCAAAAAAGAAAAAUAAUCAUUGUUUAUUGUAUACUGCCUUUUUGUAAUCCUGUACAAUUGCAUCACGGGUAGGGAGAAAAAAAAGAGGAAUAUUCUGGUUUAUUUCCUAGACUGUUAUUUAAAAAAAAUUGUGUUAGGACAGCAUAUAAAUGUAAUAAGUAUCACACUGUAUAUAAAGAUAUCAAUGUUUGUCCUGUAUAAGAAUUACUAAAUUACAAUGCAGUUUCAUUUAAACUUCUAGGUUAAGUUUGAGCCUGAAAUUUUAAUGAAGUGCAAUACUGAGUGUGCCUCAUUAUCUUGCAGCUAUAAACAUAUUGGAAUGUACAUGUCAAUAAAACCACUGUACAUUUUUAUACAGUGAUAAAGUCUGACACUUGUCUAAGGUAUUGUUUUGAGAAACAAUAUUUAAACACCUUUAAGAUCUAAAAAUAUAUCCAGUUUGCCUUGUAAAAUUACUUAUCUACCAACGCAGCACAAUCAUAAUUUUCUUAAGGAAAACAAGAGUAAUAAAAAAGUACAGUGUUGAAUCUUAGUUAAACUCUAAUAGAAGAUCAUGAAUAUACAUUCACAUAUGCAUAAGCCAGACUUAUACCAAAGACAGAAGGAAACAUUUUAGAAAUUAUUCA